CCCUCUAGGAUUUUUAUAGAACGAGCGGAGCUCUGCAAAUCGAACGCGGAGGGAGAAAAACCAUAGAAAAUCCAUGAGGGGUGUGAUUCAAAACAUGAUUCCCAGAAAGCUGAUAACAAGUGCUUGCUGCUCCACUUGGGCUUGUCGCAGUAUUAGUACUAGUAAUGUGCAGUCCCCACAAUGGUCUGGUCUUGAGAAAUGGAGAGAGAGCUCAAUAAACCAGGAGAGAUUAUGGGGACAAAAGGGUCCUCAACCAAUGAUUGAAGUUGAUGAUUCAAGUGAUUUGGGUUCAUUGUCUUCACUUGCGGAAAUGGGGGCUCUGGUUCUUUCCACACCUGACCCUUUACGAAAAUCGAGGCUCUCUCAUCUUGCUUACUCUAAAUGGAAGCAGAAUGGAUUGCCUGUUGGAGUUUCUGCUCCGCCCGUUGGGCCUUCUCGCCCAAUUAAGCCCCAAUUGGUUUCCCCGAAGGAAAUUCCAACACCCAAGAACUCUGGUUUGCCUCUCAAUGCUUAUAUGCUCCACAACCUUGCUCAUGUGGAGCUUAAUGCUAUUGAUUUGGCAUGGGAUACUGUUGUUAGAUUCUCCCCAUAUAUUGAGCUACUUGGAGAGGGGUUCUUUGCUGACUUUGCUCAUGUUGCUGAUGAUGAGAGCAGACAUUUUUCUUGGUGUUCGCAGAGGCUAGCUGAGCUUGGUUUUAGCUAUGGAGACAUGCCAGCCCAUAAUCUUCUCUGGAGGGAGUGUGCAAAAUCUUCAGACAGUGUCACUGCACGCCUGGCUGUAAUUCCUCUAGUUCAGGAAGCCAGAGGACUUGAUGCUGGGCCUAGGCUGGUAAAAAAAUUAAUUGGCUUUGGAGAUAGCAGGACAUCCAACAUUGUAGCUCAGAUUGCAGAUGAAGAAGUUGCUCAUGUGGCCGUUGGUGUUUACUGGUUUGUCUCAGUCUGCCAGAAAAUGGGUCGGGUUCCUUGCACUACUUUCAAAGACAUAUUAAGUGAGUAUAAUGUGGAGCUAAAAGGGCCUUUCAAUGUUCUAGCUCGUGAUGAAGCAGGCAUUCCACGAGACUGGUAUGAUCUAUCAUCUACGAAUAAGCAAGAAGAGAGCAAACAGUUUUCUGAGGUCUAUGAACGGCUUGCUUGUGUUAUAUCUAUGGAGCAAGAGAACUCAAAUCUGAACAGGCCUCCUGGUUGAUCAUCAUAAUUGCCAUUUGCCAUUGCUUCCCUCAAGUUUGAAUAGGCUUCAUGGAUGAUAAUCAUAGCCGAAGCAAUACGAGAACAUGGGAGGUAGUGGCCUGGUGAGAGUUUGGUCUGCAACUGUUCUUCAGCUUACUUGUGGCGUACAUACAGUGAUGAGCAAAAUACGUCAAGAGAAUUGAUGCUCCCAACCAACCACAUACACUUUCUUCUCAAGGGCUCUCAAGAAAUUUAUUAUGGAAAGCGGGCUUAUAAGAACAUAGCAGUCAGAGGCGGUUCAGAGAAGACAGUGCAGUGGCGCCACGUGGUGUUUGUUCUGAUGCUACGUGUCAUGAUAUCGAAGCUUAAGUUGGUGACUCAGCUGGUAAUUUGUUUACCUUUGGAUAACGUUCAUCAUUUCUGGAACUUAUUCAAUACUAGCCUUUUUUGUUGUGUAUGAGGUCAGCAAAUUUUUUAAAAAAGAUAUUUCUCCGAUUUUUCAAUAGUU